GGCGACUUUAAUAAUGACAAGUUGUAAGAAAGUCUUUUUUUCCUUUUCUUUUGAACAGUGUGUGUGUGUGUGUGUGUGUCGCAAUGUGCAGUUUCUUUAUCGAACCGCCUUACUAUUUUUUCUCCAGUAAAAAGACAAUAGAGCAACCUUUAGUUUUUCGUUUUCGCUAAUCUCUACAUAUCGUUUUAGUACCGACUUGUUCAUUCUUGGCGCCGACCAGCAUUCUUUAUCUGUAUAUACUUGGCAUCACCGUACGUCAUGAAUAUCGAGUGAUAACAGCCAGUAACCAGCACCAUGCAAAAGACACCCCGGCUUGUCCUUUAUUCCAGCGAGCAAAACACCACAAAUUGUAGAAAAAGACUUUAUUAUCACGAGUGUCGUACCGGGCGAUUACAACUAUGACGGAAAACUCGACGUAUUAUUGAUGGGACAAAAGAACCCGAGCAGUAGCUCAGAUUCUGAGAUAUUCAUGCGGAUAUAUCGAGGAAACGGAAAUGAUACCUUUGAAUCUGAGCACAUUAACGUGCCAUCGGCAAAGGGAAGGCAUCCUAUGGUAUUGGAUCUUACGGGUGACAUGAAACUCGAUUUGCUUGGAUAUUCGAAUGAAGGUGAUAGUAGCAAAUUGAGUAUGUGGAUUAAUACCGUCGAUAAAGAUAAUAUGAACACCACUUCCAUAUACAACGUAACCUCUGCAUCAUCGAUUUUGGAUGAGAACGAAACAACAAAGUGUAUAUGGACCCAUCCGCAUUCGAACGCAGUCGUCGAUUUGGAUGGAGACUGCUUAGCAGAUCUUGUGUUUGUAUGUCAACACACAGGAUAUCAAAGCUUGCAGAUAUGGACCAACCAACGAGAUGAAGGUUUUCAGAAAGCCCGUGAGUUGAACUUACCCGCAGGUGCCGGUCCUAUCAGUUACGCGGAUAUUGAUGGUGAUGGUUCGAUUGAUCUCAUAUUCCCCGUCAAGCAACAGAUCCAUGUCGUUUAUAAUCAACAGAUGGAUCUUUGCUCCAAGAACGAUAACAGUGAUAACCCAGACUGUCGUAAAGCUGGAGAUCUGUGUCGUGCUGAUCCGAAUUUCAAUUUUGAUAUGAGCUCACCUGACAGCAAGGGCUAUGUGAUUUUUGAUCUGGAAGGCUAUAUUGAUUCCAAAGGAUCCAUUCAAACUCAAGAUCCUGAUUUCAAGGGAGUAUGGCCUAUUGCUGUACAUCCUGGUGAUUACAAUUUGGAUGGAUACCCUGAUUUAUUGGUCACAACAAACAACAAAGUGUUCCUACUCGACAAUAUCUUGUGCACGUACAAAUUAUGCUCCUCUGGCGCAACGGAUGUGUCAAGAAGAUCAUUUUCGGUGGUUCAACAAGGCGCCGAAGCGCUUGCAAAGAUAUCCAAUCCCAGACAAGCUGUCUUUUUUGACAUUGAUGAAGAUGGGUCGCUCGAUAUGCUCGUGCUUUCAAAAACGAAUACACGAUCCGAUGCAAAUCGUACACCGAAUUUCAUCAUCAACAACUUCUUUAAUGAUGCAUUUUUCUUAAAAGGCUUAGUAUCAAACGGCGUAUGCGGUAAUAAUUGUCCUACUGAGAGUGGAUACGCAAAGCCAUAUGGCGUCAAUUACCCCGGAGCUACUUUAAAGUUCACUGUGUUGGAUACGUCGGGCACCAAAAGAGCGCAUCAAGUCUCUCAGCUUCCGCAGACCUCAUAUCUCUCGUUACAUACGCCAUACUGUUUGAUCGGGUUAGGAAGAACGAAUAACUAUGUGGAGGAAAUGUUUGCGGGGGUUUCGCGCCAUCAGGAGCAAAACUACCUUUUCUACGAAGGUGUGAUCCCCAACUCACAGUUAAUCUUCAUUCCAUAUCAACCUAAUGACGUACACGACAGUUCCACGUGGAAGGUUGAACUAUAUAUCCAACCGGGUGAUUAUGUUCCGUGGGUUCUGGUAGUGCUGGUAGUGGCAGCAAUCAUUCUGGGCGUCGUGGUAGGCGUACUAUAUUGGAUGGAGAAGCGAGAAGAUGAAACGGAACGACGAAAGGCACUGCAUAUCAUUAACUUUGAUGCGUUGUAAUCCAAAAAAAAGCAUCAUCAUCAUCAUCAUCUAUGUAAAAUAAAAGACAUGACAUUACUACACGUACUAUACAAACAAACUCCUUCUAUAUGUGUAUCCAAUCUUUAAAGAGAAUAACAGCAGCACAAAGGAUUUUGAGUUUGGG